UAUGCUUCAUCAUCUUUCAAAAUAACGAUUCACUCUAAACAAAGCAGCAAACCUAGACUCUAUCAAAUUGUUUAUUAAAGAUCUUAAGGAUGUAGCCUCUAUUGUUCCUUCUAAAUUGGAUGACACAGAUGUUAAGCUCUCUCUCUAAAUUCACUCUUUAGAGAAAAGUUGGAAAAUUGUAUGAAACUUUAAUUAUAGUUCUAGAGUUCAAAGUCAAUAUCAAAAGAGUACAAAUUCGAAACAUUCAAAUAAGCAUUUGUUUUCAUGAAUACAGUUUCACAUAUGGCCGAUUAAAUGAAUCGUAACUUUUCGUUUUUAUAUAGAUUACCCUAAAUGGAUUAAUGUUUAUAACAAACUAAAUGUAGAAAUAACCACUCAAGAUGUAAGCGGCAUUUCAAUAAAGGAUGUGCUCUUGGCUCACAUUAUGGAAUCAGCAUAUAAAGAUGUUAAUGAAUCUAAUGUGGAAAGCAUUGGUGAAUUAUGCAAGGUGUCAGCUCCUUAAUUGUUACAAAAUUGGAAUGCAAAUUACUCAUAAUAUUAGGAGAUAUUGAAAAAAAAUGUUCACAAUCUUUGA